AUGGCUACACCUGCUAAACAACAACGGACUGAUGAAGACAACAACACAGACGUUAAAGGUUAUAUCCACAAUGUGUCGCCCAUGAAAACAAGCGCCAAGUCCAAUAUACACUAUUUCAACUGUAUCAUACAAAGCGAUAGGACAACUUUCUCUGAAGUUGUGUCGUUUUCACCUGAUCAGAGAACGCAAUUUAUUCAGGCAGCGGACAGAAAAACAGGAGUACAGCUCAAAAGAUGUAACAGAAAACUGGAUUUUGCUUCACCCAGUGGAUGCAAAUACUUGCUGUCAAGAGGAUCUUCUGUAGAUGUCGUUAAAAGCCUGGGCUUUCAGUCAAAAAACCCACCUUCAAACAAAACCACCGAAAAAUCUAUAUCCGAUGCAUUAGAAGAAGCAGUUGGAAGCUAUGUCAGUAUCAGAUGCAAGGUCAUGUCGCUUGACACUUCAACUGACACCAAAACAACAAAGUCUGGUCGCCAAAUAUCCCUCCGCAAUGCUGUCAUUGCAGACUCGACCAAUUCAACAAGAUUGUCACUUUGGGGCAAUCAUACUACCCAACUUGCCGCAGGAUCAUCUUACACAAUGACAGAUUUGGCUGUUAAAGACUAUGACGCAGAAAAGUUUCUCUCAACAUCCCCAAGAAGCACCAUCAACAAUGUUGAAGAACUCCUCAACAUUGUUGAAGUGCGUGACAACAGCAUACAGAUAGAAGGAAAACCAGAAUGUGUUUCAGUCACUACCACAUAUGCCUGCAAAAACUGCCGAACCAAAUUUGACCUGCCUACAACGUCAACAACCUACAAGUGUACGAACUGCAGCAUGCGACAGCUGGUCAAUGCUGCAUCAAAAUCAACAACACUAAAACUCAAACUUGAAACUCAUCCAGCUACGUUUAUCAUAACUGGCAUAGUUGCGACCAACUUCUUGGGAAUCAAUGAUUUCAUUGGCAUCACCGAUCCAGAUGACCUAGAAGAACUACUGUUCACAAAAACACUGUGCAUUACACUUCCAACACCUACAGCAACAACAGCAAGUGAACUGACAGUUUCACAAUAGUUCUUUGA